GUGGAAAGCAAUCCAGCCAAGAUGGAUAUCUACGACACUCAGACCUUGGGGGUUGUCGUCUUUGGCGGGUUUAUGGUUGUUUCUGCCAUCGGCAUCUUCCUGGUGUCAACCUUCUCCAUGAAGGAGACGUCUUAUGAAGAAGCUCUUGCCAACCAGCGCAAGGAGAUGGCAAAAACUCACCACCAAAAAGGAGAGAAGAAGAAGAAGGAGAAAACUGUGGAGAAGAAAGGAAAGACCAAGAAAAAGGAAGAGAAACCUAAUGGGAAGAUACCUGACCAUGACCUAGAUUCCAACGUGACCAUCAUCCUCAAGGAACCAGUGCGCGUACCUGCUAUGGCUGUGGCUCCAACUUCAGUCCAUUCUUCUAUGGUUUUUCCCCCUGUUGCCACAGUACCAGCCAUGCCUCAAGAAAAGCUGGCUUCCUCCCCUAAGGACAAAAAGAAGAAGGAGAAAAAGGUGGCAAAGGUGGAGCCAGCAGUCAGUUCUAUUGUGAAUUCCAUCCAGGUUCUUGCUUCAAAGUCUGCCAUCUUGGAAGCCACACCCAAGGAGGUGCCUAUGGUGGCUGUGCCCCCAGUGGGCUCUAAGGCCAGUGCUCCUGCCACCAGCAGUCAGGGCAAGAAGGGGGAGGGAGCACAGAAUCAGGCUAAGAAGGGGGAGGGUGCCCAGAACCAAGCUAAGAAGGGAGAAGGGGCCCAGAACCAGGCCAAGAAGGGGGAGGGGGCCCAGAACCAAACUAAGAAGGGGGAGGGAGCCCAGAACCAGGGCAAGAAAGGGGAGGGGGCCCAGAACCAAACUAAAAAGGGGGAGGGAGCCCAGAACCAGGCCAAGAAGGGGGAGGGAGCUCAGAACCAGGCCAAGAAGGGGGAGGGGGCCCAGAACCAGGCCAAGAAGGGGGAGGGGGCCCAGAACCAGGCCAAGAAGGGGGAGGGGGCCCAGAACCAGGCCAAGAAGGGGGAGGGGGCCCAGAACCAGGCCAAGAAGGGGGAGGGGGCCCAGAACCAGGCCAAGAAGGGGGAGGGGGCCCAGAACCAGGCCAAGAAGGGGGAGGGGGCCCAGAACCAGGCCAAGAAGGGGGAGGGGGCCCAGAACCAGGCCAAGAAGGGGGAGGGGGCCCAGAACCAGGCCAAGAAGGGGGAGGGGGCCCAGAACCAGGCCAAGAAGGGGGAGGGGGCCCAGAACCAGGCCAAGAAGGGGGAGGGGGCCCAGAACCAGGCCAAGAAGGGGGAGGGGGCCCAGAACCAGGCCAAGAAGGGGGAGGGGGCCCAGAACCAGGCCAAGAAGGGGGAGGGGGCCCAGAACCAGGCCAAGAAGGGGGAGGGGGCCCAGAACCAGGCCAAGAAGGGGGAGGGGGCCCAGAACCAGGCCAAGAAGGGGGAGGGGGCCCAGAACCAGGCCAAGAAGGGGGAGGGGGCCCAGAACCAGGCCAAGAAGGGGGAGGGGGCCCAGAACCAGGCCAAGAAGGGGGAGGGGGCCCAGAACCAGGCCAAGAAGGGGGAGGGGGCCCAGAACCAGGCCAAGAAGGGGGAGGGGGCCCAGAACCAGGCCAAGAAGGGGGAGGGGGCCCAGAACCAGGCCAAGAAGGGGGAGGGGGCCCAGAACCAGGCCAAGAAGGGGGAGGGGGCCCAGAACCAGGGUAAGAAAGGAGAUGGGGCCCAGAACCAGGGCAAGAAAGGAGAGGGGGCCCAGAACCAGGGCAAGAAAGGAGAGGGGGCCCAGAACCAGGGCAAGAAAGGAGAGGGGGCCCAGAACCAGGGCAAAAAGGGGGAUGGAAAUCCUAACCAAGGCAAGAAGGGGGAGGGGGCUCCCAACCAGAGUAGAAAGACAGAUGCAGUUGCUAAUCAGGGCACAAAGACAGAAGGUGUCUCAAACCAGGGAAAAAAGGCAGAGGGGUCCCCCAAUCAGGGCAAAAAGGCAGAAGGAGCUCCAAACCAAGGCAAAAAGGUAGAAGGGUCCCCCAACCAGGGCAAAAAGGUGGACACAGCUUCCAAUCAGGGUAACAAGUUAGAGUCAGCUCCUGCCCAGGGUAAAAAUUCAGGAAUGGUCCAGAGCCAGGAGGCACCAAAGCAAGAGGCUCCUGCAAAGAAGAAGUCUGGUUCAAAGAGAAAAGCUGAGCCUGGAUCCCCAGAUUGCGACAGCCCUCUUUUCCUGCCCUACAAGACACUGGUCUCCACAGUUGGAAGCAUGAUGUUCAAUGAGGGUGAGGCCCAGCGGCUUAUUGAGAUCCUCUCUGAGAAGAUUGGAGUUACUCAGGACACCUGGCAUAAGGCCACUCAGAAGGGUGACCCUGUAGCAAUUCUGAAACGCCAGCUAGAAGAGAAAGAAAAGCUACUAGCCACAGAGCAAGAGGAUGCGGCUGUCGCCAAGAGCAAACUAAGAGAACUCAAUAAGGAGAUGGCUUCAGAGAAGGCCAAAGCUGCAGCUGGAGAGGCCAAGGUGAAGAAGCAGCUGGUAGCCCGGGAGCAGGAAAUCGCAGCUGUGCAGGCACGAAUGCAGGCCAGCUACCAGGACCAUGUGAAGGAGGUGCAACAGCUGCAGGGCAAGAUCCGGACUCUUCAGGAGCAGCUGGAGAAUGGCCCCAACACCCAGCUGGCCCGCCUGCAGCAGGAGAACUCCAUCUUGAGGGAUGCAUUGAACCAGGCCACCAGUCAGGUGGAGAGCAAGCAGAACACAGAACUGGCAAAGCUCCGACAGGAGCUUAGCAAGGUCAACAAGGAACUAGUAGAGAAGUCGGAGGCCUCCCGGCAGGAGGAGCAACAACGGAAAGCUCUGGAAGCCAAGGCAGCCACCUUUGAGAAGCAGGUCCUACAGCUGCAGGCAUCCCAUAAAGAGAGUGAAGAGGCUCUGCAGAAGCGCCUUGAGGAGGUCACCCGGGAGCUAUGUCGGGCCCAGAGCAGCCAUGCCAGCCUCCGGGCAGAUGCCGAGAAGGCCCAGGAGCAGCAGCAGCGAAUGGCAGAACUGCACAGCAAAUUACAGUCUUCUGAGGUAGAGGUAAAAAGCAAGUGUGAGGAGCUGAGUAAUCUUCACGGGCAGCUCAAGGAGGCCAGGGCGGAGAACGAACAGCUCACAGAGAGGAUCCAUUCCAUCGAGACCCUUCUGGAAGCAGGCCAGGCCCAAAAUACCCAGGCCAGUCAAGCUGAGGCCGACCAGCAGCAGAUUCGUCUCAAGGAGCUGGAAUCACAGGUGUUGAGUCUGGAGAAGGAGACCAGUGAGCUCAAGGAGGCUAUGGAGCAGCAAAAGGGGAAGAACAAUGACCUCCGAGAAAAGAACUGGAAGGCCAUGGAGGCACUGGCCUUAGCUGAGCGGACCUGUGAGGAGAAGCUACACUCUCUAACCCAAGCCAAGGAGGAAUCAGAAAAGCAGCUCCAUUUGGCUGAGGCCCAGACCAAGGAAGUCCUGCUGGCCUUGCUCCCAGACCUCUCCAUCUCAGCACACCAGAACUAUGCUGAGUGGCUGCGGGAAGUCAAAGAGAAGGGCUCUGAGCUGCUGAAGAAACCACCUGCUUCCCUAGAGCCCUCCUUGGACGUAGUCUCCAAGUUGAGGGAAGCCGAAGAGACCCAGAACUCCUUGCAGGCUGAGUGUGACCAGUACCGCAGCAUCCUGGCGGAAACGGAGGGUAUGCUCAAAGACCUGCAGAAGAGUGUUGAGGAGGAAGAACGUGUGUGGAAGGCCAAGGUGGGAGCUGCUGAAGAGGAGCUCCAGAAGUCACGGGUCACAGUGAAACAUCUGGAAGACAUUGUAGAGAAGCUAAAAGGAGAACUUGAAAGCUCAGAUCAGGUGAGGGAGCACACUUCAUUUCUGGAAGCAGAGCUGGAGAAGCAUAUGGCAGCUGCCAGUGCAGAGUGCCAGAAUUAUGCCAAGGAGGUAGCAGGGUUGAGGCAGCUUCUGUUAGACUCUCAGUCUCAGCUGGAUGAAGCCAAGAGUGAAGCUCAGAAACAAAGCACUGAGCUUGCCCUGGUCAGGCAGCAGUUGAGUGACAUGAAGAGCCACGUAGAGGAUGGUGACGUGGCUGGGUCUCCAGCUGUCCCUCCAGCCGAGCAGGACCCUAUAAAGCUGAAAACACAGCUGGAGCGGACAGAGGCCAUCCUGGAGGAUGAGCAGACACGGCGGCAGAAGCUCACAGCUGAGUUUGAAGAGGCUCAGAGCACAGCCUGUCGUUUACAAGAAGAGCUGGAGAAGCUCCGUGCUGCUGGUGGCCCCCUGGAGUCUUCAGGAAUAGAAGAGGUUACACAGCUGAAGGAGAGACUAGAAAAAGAAAAGAGGUUAACGAGUGACCUGGGGCGUGCCGCCACCAAACUUCAAGAGCUUUUGAAGACGACCCAGGAGCAGCUGACAAAAGAGAAGGACACAGUGAAGAAGUUGCAAGAACAGCUGGAAAAAGCAGAGGAUGGUAGCAGCUCGAAGGAGGGAACCUCUGUCUGAGUCUCCUCGGCAAACUGUUCAACUUACCAAAAUGCCUUACACAUUCCUUACAAAUAAACCAACCAACACCGCGUUAUCCAGGCCCAACCUCCAGUGAAGCCAUUGGAGACAAGUCUCAGAACCACAGAAAUAAAUCUUCCAGACCCCCAGUCUGUAAAAGAACCUUUGUCACAUUUGAUAAACACUAUUCCCGGGAGCAGCCCUGGACCACCUCGAGCAGACGCCAAAGCCCUCAUCAACGCUGACAGACCAGAGUGUGCUGGGAGUCCAGGCCGCUCGGGAUUAUGUCAAUCAGUGCAAUUGUCUGUAUUUCUCAGUGGGGCCGGGUCGGGAAGCAACAGGCCAGGUGGUGAGUUCUCUGAGGCUGCUGAGCAGACUGGAGGGCCCAGCCCAGCCCAGCCCAGCAAGGCUGCAGCCCUCACCCCUGGAAGUUGCCAAGCAGAACUGACAUGUGACUACCUGGAUGUCAAUGCCAUUAAAACCAACGUGUUGCCCGGCA